UGCAGGACAGCUCCGGGGGUCUCCCUGACGGGGGGCAGAAGGGAGCCGUGGAGGGGGCAUGAAGGAUCGGACGGGGCAGAUGGAAGCGGCCGGGAAGCCCCUCACACCUUUCAGUAUUGAGGACAUCCUCAGCAAGCCGUCCGUCAAGAAGCCCCUGAGCUGCCUGGGGCCCCCCUCACAGCACAGGCUGCCAGGCGGAGGGGCCCGGCCAGGGGGGCUCCUCCAGUCAUCCCCUCUGUGCGCCCUGGAGGAGCUGGCCAGCAAGACCUUCCAGGGGCCGGAGCUGACGGGACUGCGGGCGGCAGAAGGUCAGGAUCCUCUCGGCCCCUGCGGACACGGCCACAGCACAAGGAAACGGCGUAAGUCGCGGACGGCUUUCACCAACCAGCAGAUCUACGAGCUGGAGAGGCGCUUUGUGUACCAGAAGUACUUGGCCCCCGCGGACAGGGACCACGUGGCGCAGCAGCUGGGACUCAGCAACGCGCAGGUCAUCACCUGGUUCCAGAACCGCCGGGCCAAGCUGAAGCGGGACCUGGAGGAGAUGAGGGCCGACGUUGAGUCACUGAACAAGCUGCCACCCCAGGCCCUGGAGAGGCUGGUGUCGGCGGGGGCCUCCCGUGAAGCUUACGCCCAGCCUCCCCGACACGCCCCCGCGGAGCACACGCCCGGCGCCUUCUCAGACGACGAAGAGAUCGAUGUCGACGACUAGAGGGGCCCCGGCCCUUUACCUGCGUGUAGAUUUCAUAUGAAACAUGCUGCAGAGGUGUUUCCUGACUGCAUCUGCUGGGAUGUCAUUCCAGGCACAUACUACUCCUCGCCAUAUGUAAUACACACAUACCAUGUUGCAACACUGGGUGAGGGAUUCAGGGACUGUACCUGACCUGCCUGGCGGUGGAUUUUAAUACUACUUCAGAGAAGAGAGAUCUAUGACUUGCUGCCCCUGGAGCUGGACAGAUAACAGGGUUGUGGGUACAGGGGGUGGCAGCUGGGAGGAGACAGGCCAGAGAAACACAAUAAAUUC